AUGGCGAUGGCAGGUCAUCGUGGGACAGUCUGGCUUCUUCCUGUCGUCCUCCUUUUCCUUCAGAUGGUGCAGACAGUCACACCGAAUGCAUGCGGGGUGAACAAAGGGAACUGUGAGCAGUUCUGCAACACCAGAGAUGAAGGAGUUGUGUGUUCCUGUGCUGCUGGCUAUGCCCUGGGCAAUGACAACAAAACCUGCAUUCCUGUAGUCAAGUUCCCAUGUGGUAAGCUUCAGAGAAGUCAGGAAGCUGGUCAAGAGAAUGUCACAGGAACCACAGCAAGUGCAGAGGCUUAUCCUGAAAGUAAGGAAACCACGGAGGCCCCGAGCAGCCACCCAGAGGUCACCGUGGAGGCUGGUACCUUACCCAGCACAUCCCCAUGGCAGGCGGUUCUAUUAGAUGAGGAUGAUGCAUGGUUUUGUGGGGGGACAAUUCUGAAUGAGUAUUUUAUACUCACUGCGGCUAGUUGUGUUACGCGAUUAAAAGACUUACAGGUUCUUGUUGGGAUGGUGGACAAAGAUGGGGAAGAGCCGAGUAGAGCAAAGUACAGAGUGGAAAAAAUCAUUGCACAUGCUGACUUUGAUGGAGAAACUUUUGACAGCGACAUAGCCCUUCUCAGAUUAGAGGAACCUGUCACAUUUUCUGAGGAUGUUAUCCCAGCAUGCCUUCCAGAAGAACAAUUUGCUAACAACGUUCUGAUGAACCAAACAUUUGGAAUUGUCAGUGGCUUUGGGAACACAUUUCAACAUGCACGGCCAAUCAGAAGAAUGAAAGUGCUUCAAAUCCCUUAUGUGGACUGGGGCACUUGCAAACUCGCCCUUCAUAAUCCAGUCACCAAAAACAUGUUCUGUGCUGGUUAUGAUAAAGAUGGAAAAGAUGUCUGCCAAGGAGAUGGAGGAGGCCCCCAUGUAACCCACUACAAGGGGACUUAUUUUGUUACUGGUAUCAUCAGCUGGGGAGAAGGGUGUGGAAGGCAAGGGAAAUAUGGUGUGUACACCAAAUUAUCAAGGUUCCUACCCUGGGUAAGAAGUGUUUUGGCAGCAAACUCUUCACAGUAUGACAUUUAA